UCCUGAUUAUAAAGAAAGUAAACGGUAUAGCUGUAAUUUGUUUACCACGGUUGAUAGAUGAAAAUAAGUUUUGCAGCUUAUUAGUUCUUUGGUCGCUUUUUUAACCUUUUCGGUAGUGCAACUUGUUCAGAAUGAACUAAAUAAGCAACUUUUAGUGGUUUUUAAAAAAUAAAAUAAACUGCCGAGGCUGUGUCUGUAAGUGAGGCGCGAUGGCAGGAGUGAUCCGGAGGCUGGAUGAGAUCGUUGUGAACCGCAUCGCUGCUGGAGAAGUCAUUCAGCGACCUGCAAAUGCCAUUAAAGAAAUGAUAGAGAACUGUCUGGAUGCAAAGUCCACCAACAUUCAGGUGACUGUCAAAGAGGGAGGACUGAAGCUGAUCCAGAUUCAGGAUAAUGGCUCUGGAAUUAGGAAAGAAGACCUGGAAAUUGUUUGUGAGCGGUUUACAACAAGCAAGCUUCAGACUUUUGAGGAUCUUGCAUCUAUUUCAACUUAUGGUUUCAGAGGAGAGGCACUUGCCAGCAUAAGUCAUGUAGCCCAUGUUACAAUUACCACAAAAACAGCAGAUGGAAAAUGUGCCUACCGAGCAAGCUACUGUGAUGGGAAACAAAAAGCACCAGCGAAACCUUGUGCUGGAAACCAAGGGACACUGAUCUCAGUAGAAGACCUGUUCUAUAAUGUACAAACCCGAAGGAAAGCCCUCAGAAGCCCCAGUGAAGAAUAUUCCAGGAUUGUGGAAGUAGUGAGUAGAUAUGCCAUUCACAAUUCUGGGAAAAGCUUUACUGUCAAAAAGCAAGGAGAGAUGGUGGCUGAUGUGAAGACUUUUGCCAAUGCCUCUGUUUUGGACAACAUUCGUUUGGUGUUUGGAGUAGCACUAAGCAGGGAGAUGAUGGAAGUGGAGUGUGAGGAUCAGAAGCUUGCUUUCAAAUUGAAGGGUUAUAUCUCAAAUGCCAACUACUCGGUCAAGAAGUGUAUUCUCAUCCUGUUCAUUAACCAUCGUUUAGUGGAAUCCAGUGCCUUGAAGAAAGCAAUUGAGACUGUCUAUACAGCAUACCUUCCGAAAAACACGCAUCCUUUUCUUUAUCUCAGUUUAGAAAUCGCACCUCAUAAUGUUGACGUGAAUGUGCAUCCCACCAAGCAUGAAGUGCACUUCCUCCAUGAAGACUGCAUCAUUGCAAGUAUUCAGAAACACAUUGAGAGUAAACUACUUGGCUCCAAUUCUUCUCGCACCUAUUUUACACAGACUUUACUUCCUGGGCUUUCAGUAUCUGUCAGUGAUGUAAAAAGCUCAAGCAGUUCAACAGCUGGCCCCAGUGAGCGUGUCUAUGCCAAUCAAAUGGUGCGAACUGACAGCAAGUCCCAAAAACUAGAUGCUUUUAUACAGCCAGUAAAUAACCCUUCUUCAGUUCCCUGCCUCAUAGCAAGUUCUCCAAAACCUGUCCCAGCUGUUGUUAAUUCUGAAGCAGAAGUGAAUGAUGGUCCUGAGGAGUUGCUGGCUAGUGCUACAGACGACAUUCAGACUGAUGUCCAGUCAGAGGUUCCCCUGAGGAAACGACCUCAUGUUGAUGUUGCUGAGGAAAAGGAGGAUGUGACGGUGGCCUGCACUCCCCAGAGACGAGUCAUCAAGCUAACCAGCGUGAAGGAGCUGCGAAAUGAAAUCGCAGAACAAGCUCAUAAAGGUUUGCAAGAGAUACUACAUAAUCAUUCGUUUGUUGGAUGUGUUAAUCCUCAGUGGUCUCUGGUCCAACACCACACCAAACUGUACCUGUUAAACACCACCAAACUCAGUCAAGAGCUGUUUUACCAGAUUUUGAUGUAUGAUUUUGGUAACUUCGGUGUUCUCCAGUUGUCGAAUCCAGCCCCUCUGUAUGACUUGGCCAUCUUGGCACUGGACUCAACGGAGAGCGGCUGGACAGAGGAGGAUGGGCCUAAAGAAGGAUUGGCCCAGUAUAUAGUAGACUUCUUGAAGAAAAAAGCUGAAAUGUUGGAAGAUUAUUUCUCCAUGACGAUAGAUGAGGAAGGAAAUCUGACUGGUUUACCACUUCUGCUGGAUAACUAUAGUCCUGCAAUGGAGGGUCUGCCAUUGUUCAUCCUGCGCUUAGCCACAGAGGUGAACUGGGACAAUGAGAAGGAUUGUUUCCGUGACUUCAGUAAAGAGUGCAGUUACUUCUACUCCAUAAGAAAAGAGUACACACUGGAGCCAGAGGAAAGAACAGACCUUGAAGAGGCAGAACCGAGCUGGCAGUGGAAGGUUGAGCAUGUUCUCUUCAAAGCAUUGCGCUCUUUCAGCCCACCACAACGCUGUAGUGAAGACGGCAGUGUCCUCCAUAUAGCCCAUCUGCCCGACCUCUACAAAGUGUUUGAGAGAUGCUAAAAACCCAGUGUUGAAUAAAUUUGUCACAGUCGUGUGCGUUAGGCUUCAUGACUGCUUACUGUCUGUUUUAUCCAUAUUCUGUUGUCAUAUUUGAUGGGCUUUGUUACAUGGAUUUUGAAGAUGAAUUUGUUUAAGAAGGGGUUUAUACUUGAGAUGUUUUCACUUUACAAUGUGUUUAAAACCAAUAAAUAUUAUUGAAUAUA